AUGAAGAUCUGUUGUUGUGCUUUAUUAAUCCUUAUUGCUCCUGCCUUGGGUGCUAUAAAACCACCAGUUGAGAGUGGAAAUGCUUCAAAUGAUCGUGUCUACGGCGGUUACCUCAUCCCACUGAACAGUGCCCAGAAACAGGGCUUUACGUCACGCCUUCAGUACAUCCAAGAUGGACAGAUUGUUACGUGUUCUGGUAGCCUUGUAGCUCAGAGUUGGAUCCUGUCCCUUGCUUCGUGCCUCAAUCAUCGUGAUAUUGGAGUUCGUAUUACGGGUGUAAAGGGAGAAUUGUACGAGAGUACAAUUAUUCAGACAAUCCUGCAUCCGAGCUAUGCGGCAACGAGCACAGCCAACAACAUUGGUUUGGGGAAGGUGCAACAACCCUUUCCAAGUGAUGGGAACUUCUUUCCUGUUGCUCUUGGACAGGCUAACUGGGGCAAAGAUGCCUUCUUGGGGAAAUCUCUCACAGUUUGUGGCUACAGGAAUCCCUAUACAACCCUCAAUAGGCCAACAGAUGAACCAACAUGCAGCGUCUUCAUCCCACGCAGUGACAAGCAGUGCACUGAUGCUGGUUUAGCUGUUAGAUCCAAUGAAGUCUGCGUUGCAUCAACGGAUGUGACAAAAACAUCAGUUUGUGAACAAGACUUUGGAGCAGGACUCAUUUCUUACGAUACCAACACGCCUCCUAAAUUUUACAUCUACGCCAUGGCCACGCAUGGACUUCCACCACCCAAUGACUGUGCCCGUGGUCCUGCUGCCUUCCUCCUCCUUCAAGGAUUCAUUGAUUGGAUUAAUGAAAAUGCUCAAUAA